AUUCUUGGAAAAAUAUAUUUUUGAUUCAGAUCACUGCUAUUUAGGCCAGCAGUGAAGGCCUUGCUGGCCCUGACAGCCCACCACUGCUGAGACCUAACGUUAAAGUGCUAAACGUUCCUAUCAGCACAGUGCACAUGGUAAAGUAGGGGCAGACUCGAUGGGGUGUGUCCCCAUUAUCCAAAUCUUGCCAGAAUGUGUGUGCAUGCCUAGGUGUCUAAACGCAUGACUGCCUGAAAGACUACAGUUAGUAAUUUAUGCUCAUCAUCUAAUGCUAUGUCUCAUACACGUUGGUCUGAUUCUGAGGAAAUAAGCAUCUGUACAUCCUGCACAAUGACUCAAAGGAUUUUCUUUAUGCUGGUGAUUAUGGGCUUUUGUACCAUGUGGCAGAAGGCGGAUGCUAAGAACACUUUAGGUAAACCUGUACUCAGUGGUCCCUCGAGAAGUUUAGUGGGAUCAGUUGAGGAAUUUUACUGCAAGCUGGACAAUAUCCAAACAAAUGAGAUCAUUCUAUAUGAGUUGUUUAAUGAAGUUAAUUUAUAUAGGGCUAUGGGGGAAUACAGCUCUCACAGCAAAGAGGAGGCCACAUUUCCUAGUCUUAUUACACCUGAUUAUGAUGGAACGUUAAUCUGCAAGGCCAGUGUGCAAAACAACUCAGAGAUCAGUCCCACCUUCAGCACCUGGAUGAACUUCUCUGUAGUGGUGCCUGUAGAAGGUGCACACAUCAUAUCAAGCCCUCCUUCAGAAGAACUUUGGGAAAGAGACAGUGUGACUUUACAGUGUAAUGUAACUAAAGGAACUUAUGUAUCAUAUGAGUGGUUCCUGAAUGACAGGCUGCUCCUCAACGACAGCAAAAAACUGCAUAUAUCAAGCCUUUCCAGUAAGGACAGCGGAAAAUAUGUCUGUGUUGCUACAAACUACUUAAAUGAGACAGAUUAUUACAACAGCAGGUCUGAUGGAAGGAAUGUUCAUGUUAAAGAACACCUGACAAAGCUUGAAAUCUCAUUUGUGGUCAUCAAGAAUGUAGAGGGAAAUUUCAGCGCCAAUGUAAAAUGCCAGGUGAGAAAAGGAUCAUAAACUUAUAAACCCAUAAACUUCACCCUUUUCAAAAACAAUCACAAGGUUAAUACAGUCUUCAGUGAACACCAGUAUGCCUUAUUUACUCUGCCCAUUACUCUGGACCAAGACAUGGGCAUGAUGUAUUGUCAAGCAAACAUGGGGAAAGGCCAACUGCAGAGUGAAAAUCUGGACAUUAAUGUGGGUAUGUAAUAUAAACCAAAUACAGUUAUAUUCAUUUACUUAAAAUACAGUUCUCAGAUGCAAUAUGGAUUUAAAGCAGUCUCAUAGAGAGUAUAUAGUAUAUACACUUUUAUGAAGUCUACACAACACCUGUUAAAAUUCUAGAUAUUUGUGGGAAAUAAUUAAACCUUUAAUGUUAUAUAGCAACCAAAAUAAAAUAAUCAAAGAAAAAUAAAUCGAAAUGUUUUAGAAGGAAAAUUUUACCAUAACCUGUUUGCAUAACUUUACCACUUCUUAAUAAUACUUUGUUAAAGCACUUUUGCUUUGAUGUACUUGACUCAGACUGAAGGAGUAUUUAUAUAACAAUUUUGCACUUUUCAUUUUUGCUUUUUUUUUCAUUUCCCAUAAUUUAUCUUUCGUUUAUAAGAGUUUAUAUGAAAUUAAAUAACAUUCAACAGUCUUUAUUUUUAAUAUUUUUCUAGUCCAAUUAACCUCUUGAGGGUGCAGUAAAAAAAAAAAUAAGUCAAUAGCAAUAAUAGCAAUAAUCUGUCCAUUCUGGUGGUCUAAGGAGGACUUGUUUGCUGUAUCACACUUACAGAGUCAGUAGGAGGCACUGUGACAAUGACACUGCAAAAAUCUACAGGGAAAGAUUUUGAAGUGUCGGGUGUGUUGCUGAAUUGCAAAGUGGAAAGAGGAAUGCAUCCCCACUACAACUGGUUCAUCAAUAACGCCAGGCUGGAAGGACAAGGGUCGUUUUACAGAACAUUCCACCCAGACAACUCAGUCCUCACAGUCAGCUUGUACCCAAACAGUGGCAGUGCUGGGUUCUACCACUGUGAGGCUUUUAACUCAUUUGACAACACUACAAGACCACGAUUCUAAUUAGUCAUGAAGGUAACAGAACUUUUACUGUUUGCAAUAAACACGUGUGUAGUCACCACUUGUUAACAUAAAGUCAAAACUGAGUAGAGUCAAAGCAGUAAAUGCAAAGCUGAAAAUAUGAUCAUGGUCCCUUAAGCUUUGGUGAGGUCAGAGAGGUGUCCAAUCUUAUCCGCAAAUGGCCAGUGUGGGUGCAGGUUUUCAUUCCAACUGGGCAGAAGCCACACCUGAGUCUACUGAAAGCCAAGAUCAGUUGAUUAGCCAGUUGGAAUCAGGUGUAGCUUCUGCUUGGUUGGAAUGAAAACCUGCACCUACACCGGCCCUUUCUGGAUAAGAUUGGACACUCCUGGGUAGGACCACACUAUACAACCAAAAGUAUGUGCACUCCUAUCCCCCAACACACAUAUGUGCUUGUUGAACAUCCCAUUUCCAAACCAUUGGUUAGUAAUAUAAAGAAGAGUCCUGCUUUUGUUGUUAUAAUCACAAUUACUCUUCAUGGAAGGCUUGAAACUAGAUGUUGGAGCAUGGCUGUGGGGAUUUGUGUUCAUUCAGAGCCACAGGAGAAUUAGUGAGGUUACGCACUGUUAGAGAUAGGCUGUUGUUUUUUAGCUUUUGUUGCAGAGUGAAGAGGAAGAGGAAGAGACCAACUUACAUUAAAGUUUCUGAAUAUUUGUAUAAAAUUACUAUUCAUUUAGUUAUUGCUUGAAUACAGUAAUGUAAAGUCUGAGACCACAUUAAAAAUCUGGGAUUUUUUUUUUUAAAAACUGGAAAUAAACAGAAAGCUUUCGAUUUUUGAAAAGUCUAAAACAUAAAAUGGAAAUGUGAAACAUUCUUGACUAUUCAUUGUUCAAGAUGUGCAAUUCCUAGGUCACUAUUUACAUUUUAAGCGAAUACAUUUUUAGUCUUGGUGGUGUUAUUUUUCUACUGUUGCUGUGCUGUGAGUUUGCUCAGAAAUGGCUGAUAAACAAUAAGAAAUAGACAAGCUUAUGUACACAGUUUGUGGAUAAGAUAACCCUUCAGUUUGUUUAGUGUUGUAUGUUGUUUUAUCAUAUUGUGAUUCAAUAAAAUCUUUAUUGUUUUUAGGCUUGUA